AUGUCGGCCUCCAACAACCCCAAUCCUCCAUACUACACGUCUCAAUGCCCCAACGGCCACAACGGCCCGACAGGUACAGGCUCUCAAGCCUCCGGCACACGAGGCGGCCACAAAGAUAACACCGGAAAUACUUCUUCUCGGGGUGGCCGACCAUCGGGCGGUGGUUUCGGUCACCACUCGGGAAGCACCCAAGAAAGAAAGAAAUGA